CAAAUGGGAUGGGGAAACCUAACCAGCAUCUCAGAAUUUUUUCUCCUGGGUCUCUCUGAUGAGCCAGAGCAGCAGGGGUUCCUCUUCGGGCUGUUUCUGUUCAUGUACAUGGUCACAAUAGCAGGUAACAUCCUCAUCAUUCUGGCUAUCAUCACUGAUGCUCAACUCCACACCCCCAUGUACUUUUUCCUGGCCAACCUCUCACUUUCUGAUGCCUGCUUUGUGUCCACCACAGUCCCUAAGAUGCUGGCCAACAUAUGGAUCCAGAGUCAGGUCAUCUCAUAUGCAGGAUGUCUAUCACAACUAUAUUUCUUCAUGAUGUUUGUGAUGCUGGAGGCAUUUCUCCUGGCUGUCAUGGCCUAUGAUCGCUACGUGGCCAUAUGUCACCCACUCCAUUAUGUCAUGGUGAUGAGUCCUGGACUCUGUCUUCUUCUAGUGUCUACGUGUUGGAUCAUGAAUGCCCUUCACUCCCUGCUACACACCCUCCUAGUGAACAACCUGAACUUCUGUGCAGACCAUGAAAUCCCACACUUCUUCUGUGACAUCAACCCCCUUCUGAGUCUGUCCUGCACAGACCCCUUCAUCAAUGAGUUGGUGAUCUUCACUGUUGGGGGUCUUGCAAGCCUGGUUUGUGUGCUUUCCCUGAUUAUCUCUUAUACUUACAUUUUCUCAACUAUCGUGAAGAUCCCCUCCGCUCAGGGAAAGAGGAAAGCGUUUUCCACCUGCAGCUCUCAUCUCUCUGUGGUCUCUCUCUUCUUUGGGACUUCCUUUUGUGUUUACUUCAGCCCUCCUUCAUCCCGCUCAGCACGUAAGGGCACAGUUGCAUCUGUAAUGUACACAGUGGUAACUCCGAUGCUGAAUCCCUUCAUCUAUAGUUUGAGAAACAGAGACAUCAAGUAUUCCUUGAGAAAACUCAUUUGUUUCAGGAAAAUUCAUUCCUCUUAA